UUGGGCGGCAGACCUUCUCCCUGGGGGCUUCUCUGGCGCUGCUGGCAGCCGAGAGGGCUGCAGCCCCCUCCCUGGGCCCUGGAGGCCUGGCCUUUCUCAGCCCUGUGCCUGGGGUGACAAUCCCUGCCCCACCGUGGGGGUCAGCAGGGUGCAGGGGCCAGGUUCCCGCAGCAGGGGCCCCCUACCCCAGUGCUCUCCCUCCUCUCCUUGUGCGGAACCCACGCUUGAGCUGCUAAGAGAGAGUCUGUGUUUUCCCUCUCCAGGAGCAACCGUGUAGGCUGGGAGGUCCCCUACUGGGCAGGGCAGGAGGGGAAGCGGUUACACCCUCAGACUUGAUCAGAGAGGCCUGGGCUUGAAUCCCAGCCCUGCAGUGCUCUUACUCGAUGACCUUGCAGGAUACUUACCUGCUAAACCUCCGUUUCCUCAUCUGUAGAAUGAGGAUCACACCUUCAUUCGUUCCAUAGGUAUCUGGGGAAGAGCUUCCGUUAUGGCAGGAGGUGGGAUGGAGAGGCCGAAGGUGGGCACAAGACUGGCGUAUCUGAGCUGCAAGAAGGGGCGGCCAUGGCUGGAGCAGGGGGGGCCAGGGCAGAUGGGAGAGGAGACUGAGAGCUGGCACGGCGCAUUCUUUUUUUUAAGAUUAUAUUUAUUUUUUAACGUUUAUUUAUUUUUGAGAGAGAGAGCGUGAGCCAGGGAGGGGCACAGGGGGACAGAGGAUCCAAAGCAGGCUCUGCAUUGAUGACAGAGAGCUGAUGUGGGGCUCAGACUCAUGAACUGAGAGAUCAUGACCUGAGCCAGAGUCGGAUGCUUAACCAACUGAACCAGCCGGGGAGGGCCCCCAAGAUUUUAUUUGUAAGUAAUGUCGGCACCCAAUGUGGGGCUCGAACUCACAACCCUGAGGUUAAGCGUCGCAUGCUUUACCAACUGAGCCCGCCAGGCGCUCCGGGCCCUCUGUGGGUAAACCAGGGCCUGGUGUUGGAGCGUGGGGGGUAGCUCACUGUAUUUCAUAGCAGUGGAGGAUGGCAGGAUCUGAAAAGAGCCCCCUGAGAACACCCCCCUUCCCUCCCAAGGAGGACAUCACUCCACCCCUCAGUGUGACAACGCUUAGCGACCUGCUUCCCAAAGUGCAGUCGGGACGGGGUGGGGGAAGUAAGUUCACAGAGGAGAAAGCUGAGCGUGCUGCCUCGGCAGGUGAUCAGGGUUCACGUGAAUGUCACGUACCUCCCGUGUCCCCUUGACAUGAAGGGAUGGGAAGGGCCCUUCAUUUCGUGGUCUUCCCCCCAAAACCCACACCCCGUCUAACCGUGAGAAAAACCCAGACAAAGGGAAAUGGAAGGACGUACGGCAGAGUGCCCGUCAGGUCCUUCUGCAAACCGUCAUAAUUAAAAAGCAAAUCUGAGCUCGUGUGAGAGCCCAGAGGCACCUGAGCAGUUGUAGCAGCUGACGGCCAUGUGGGAUCCGGGCAGGGACCCUGGAAAAGAGAGAGAGGACAUGGGGAAGACCGGCGAGAUCCGAAUAUAUCGUGUUAAUUUAUCAUAUUGGUUCAUCAGUUGUGACAAAUCCACGGCCCUAACGUAAAUGUUAACAUUUCCCAGGGGAAACCGGCUCUGGGUAUCCGGGGACUCUGGGCUGUCGGUGCGAUUUUUCUGUAAAUCUCAACUAGGAUAAAAUAAAACCUUUCUCCGUAUGUAUCCAGAAUGGCCCGCCCCUGACGUGAGCAAGGAGGGUGGUGUGUGGGGGACAAGAGCGCCGUCACAGAGGCUCAGGAGCCACCCAGCGUGCAGGUGGAGUGGGGAGGAACUUGUUGGUAGCGGCAGAAAUGGAGAAAAGUGGGCAGCGGAGGAAUCACGGAAAAUGUGGAGUGAGCCAGGGGCCCAUUUUUAAUAGAUUUGUGUCUGAGUAAAAGAAGAGGAGGGGGCAGGUCUGAGGCAGCAACCCCAGAGCACUUUCCUUGGCGGUGAGGUCAUUGGGAGCCCUGGUAGACGUCCAGAUGGCCGGUCACCCAGGACAGGUGAGCUCGGGGGCGGGCGGCACAGGUGUGGGAAGCGCGGCCGUCUGGGUGGCCUGAGGGCCAGGGGACUGGAGCAGGUCACCUGGGAAGGGGGUGGUGACAGAGAAGGAAGGGGACCACCCAGAGUUGGGGGUGUCCGACAGGGAGAGGUGUGCCCAGAAGGGGCCCCGCGAAGGACCUCCCUUGCCCCCGGGGCUUUGGGCUGGACACGGGCGGCCUUCCCGCCAAUCCCGAGGACUCAGGGUCGCGUCUUCCCCUCAGGAACGCCACUGCCUCCGCAGCGGGGGACGCAGGGUCCGGAAUCCCCUUGGGGGAGGGGCCCCUCGUUGUGGUCAGGGGCGCCGGGGCCACCCGGUGUGAGCGUCACCGCCCCACGCACCCUCCCUGCUCUGUGAGGAGGUGGUGGCGGCUGGCGUUGGCCUGUCCCCUGCCGGUCUCAGUCCGGGGCCCGGAGCCGGAGCGCACAAUGACCGUCCCCCAGAGGCUCGCGCGGGCGCUCGGCCACCGCGUCCCCGCCAGCCGCUGGGGGCCCACGCUGGCUGAGGCCGAGGGCGGUGUGCGCGGCCUGGCCACCAGCGCUCGCGCCCGCGCCAAAUUCUACGCAGAUCCCGUGGAGGCCGUCAAAGACAUCGCGGACAGGGCCAAGAUCAUGGUCAGCGGCUUCGGGCUCUGCGGGAUUCCAGAGAACCUGAUUCAGGCGCUGCUCCGCACGCGCGUCAGCUUGACCGUGGUCAGCAGCAACGUGGUGGACGAUUUCAGGCCGGGCCUGUUACUGGAGGCCAAGCAGAUCGCCCGCCUCAUCUGCUCCUACGUGGGGGAGAACACGCUGUGCGAGCGCCAGUACCUGGCGGGCGAGCUGGAGCUGGAGCUGGAGCUGACGCCCCAGGGCACCCUGGCCGAGCGCAUCCGCGCCGGGGGCGCCGGGGUGCCCGCCUUCUACACGCCAAUGGCCUACAGGACCCUGGUUCAGGAGGGAGGCGCCCCCAUCAGGUCCGCGCCCGACGGCCACAUCGCCAUCAUGAGCCAGCCCCCAGAGGUGAGGGAGUUCCACGGGCACCACUAUCUUCUGGAUACCAUCACCGCCGAUUUUGCUUUGGUGAAGGGGUGGAAGGCCGACCGCUCCGGGAACGUCAUCUUCAGAAAAAGCGCCAGGAAUUUCAACGUGCCCAUGUGCAAAGCUGCGGAAACCUCGGUGGAGGUGGAAGAAAUCGUGGAUGUGGGGACCUUUGCCCCCGAAGACAUCCACGUUCCUAACAUUUAUGUCGACCGCGUGAUUCAGGGAGAAAAACACGAGAAAAGAAUUGAGCAUCUAGCCCUCAGGAAGGAGCAUGAUGAAAAAGCCGAGUCUGCAGAUGACCCCGGCGCCCGAAUUGUCAAGCGGGCAGCUCUUGAAUUUGAGGAUGACAUGUAUGCCAAUCUGGGCAUAGGAAUCCCGCUCCUGGCCAGCAACUGCAUCAGCCCAGACAUGACUGUUCAUCUUCACAGUGAACAUGGCAUCCUGGGCUUGGGGCCGUUCCCACCCAAAGAUGAGGUGGAUGCAGAUCUCGUCAACGCGAGCAAGCAGAUGGUGAGCAUUUUCCCCAGGGGCUAUUUCUUCUCCAGCGAUGACUCAUUCGCCAUGAUUCCAGGCGGGCACCUCGACCUCACCACUGGAGCCAUGCAGGUCUCCAAAUAUGGUGACCUGGCUAACUGGAUGAUACCCGGGAAGAAGGUGAAAGGCAUGGGGCGGGGGGGCAUGGACUUGGUGUCCAGUCCCAAGACCAGAGUGGUGGUCACCAUGGCGCACUGCACCAAGGCCAACGAACCCAAAAUCUUGGAGAAGCAUACCAUGCCGCUGACUGGGAAGCGCUGUGUGGACCGGAUCAUCACUGACAAGGCCGUGUUCGACGUGCACAAGAAGAAAGGCCUGACGCUGAUCGAGCUCUGGGACGGGCUGACCGUGGACGACGUCACAGAGCACGGGCAGCCCUUCGCCGUGUCACCGAACCUCAGACCCAUGCAGCAGGUGGCUGCCUGACCCAGGGAAGGAAGCCCUGGUCAGAGGGUGUGUUUCAUUUUCGCCACUGCCUCUCACCCAGAGAGGGUGUCAUCACGCCUGUCCGUUCGUCUGACCGGUUCUCCUGGCGUCUCAGACUCGGCUACCGCCAGACAGACUAUUCUCUCAAGAGGAACAUGGCUUUAAUUAAAAACAAAAGGAGAUCUUUGGUGUUCCUCUUGCAUGUUCUGUGAGUCCUGAGUUAGGUCUGGUUCCGUCGUCGGGCACUCGGACGCCCUCCUCACUAUGAUGUUUACGUUAAAUUCCUGCAGCUCGGAUGAUCCCACAGGAAGGCUUUCACCGAGGAGCCUUCUCUCCGGAACGAGCCACAAAAUGUGGGGGGAAGUGAUAAGGGAGGAGUAACCACCCCCGUAUCCCCAAGGCUCCUUCCAGUGUCAGCCCCUGCAGCUGACCCCCCUCCCGUCCCAGCAGGAUCGUUCCUGAGCGGUGCCUCUAACGUGUCCGGUGCAUUUGUUUGUGGGAGGUGAUGUCAUAGAUCAAAGUUUAGUCUCUGGACUGAUUAGUGCAACCAACUUGGCCCGGGGCCCCAGGUCUAGAGCCCAGCUGUUUAAGGGCUGACCUUUGCCAGCUGAGCAGGACUGGGAUGGUUUCACAGUGAAUCAGGACACCCGCUAAUGGAACAGACACAUAGCAUCGUGUAUGUGUAUGUCUGUAUCCUGUAUGAGAAGUACACGUGUGUUCCAUAUGUACGUACGUACAUGUGCCUGUGUGUGUGUGUGUAUGUGUGUCAGGGUGGCAACACUGAGGUGAUGUACAGGAAGUAGAGCAGUUGGCACUGUGUUCUAAGGAGCAUAAAAGUCAGUAAUCACCUCCUGUCGUUUAGUUUAAGAAAAUACCAUGGGAGGGGCUCUUAGGUGGCUGAGUUGGUUGAGCAUUCGACUCCUCCGGUCAUGAUCUCACAGUUUCCAGUUUGUAAGUUUGAGCCCCAUGACUGGCUUGCUGCUGUCCAGCACAGAGCCCACUGCAGAGCCUCUGUUCCCCUCUCUCUCCGCCCCUCCCCCACUCACGUUUCCUCUCUCUCUCUCUCUCUCU